UUUCGCGUUCAUCUUCUAGUUUCUUUAUACUCUCUCUUCUCUGAUAGAAGGAUUUGAGUUCUUUGCACGUGUUGCGUAUAUUUUUUUACGUAUUUUACAUGUCGGCGUGUUAUUUUUUAGUAUUUAGUUAUAAAAUAUAAAAUAUAUUACAAUGGUUGUAAUAGGUAAAAAGAAGUAUCAGAGUGGCGAGGGAGCGCAGUUUAUGACCAGGAGAGCUGCGCUCAGAAAAUUACAAUUGACGUUGAAUGAUUUCCGUAAGUUAUGCAUAUUGAAAGGCAUAUACCCAAGGGAGCCACGCAACCGUAAAAGAGCGCAGAAGGGAGAGCCCGGCAUUAAAACCUUAUAUCACAAGAAGGAUAUUCAGUUUUUAAUGCACGAACCAAUCAUAUGGAAAUUAAGGGAAUACAAGAUAUUUAACAGAAAAAUUGGACGAGCGAAGGCAAUGAAAGAUUUUGCCAAAGUAAAGAGAUAUUUGAGCAACCAUCCUACAUUAAAGAUAGAUCACAUAGUCAAGGAGCGUUAUCCAACGUUCAUAGAUGCAUUGCGUGAUUUAGACGACUGUCUGACUCUCUGCUUUUUAUUCAGUACAUUUCCCUCAUUGCCUCAUAUACCGAGAGAUCAGUCAUUAUUGUGUAGGAGAUUAACGAUGGAAUUUCUACAUGCUGUCAUCACCGCCAAAGCAUUGCGCAAAGUAUUUGUAUCCAUUAAAGGAUAUUACUAUCAGGCAGAGAUAAAAGGGCAAACGAUAACAUGGAUAAUACCGCACCACUUCUGUUUCGAACCCCAAACAAAGAACGAUGUUGAUUUCAAAGUCAUGUCUACGUUUGUAGAAUUUUACAUCGUGAUGCUUGGUUUUGUGAAUUUUAGAUUGUAUCAUACUCUGAAUUUGCAUUAUCCUCCCAAAUUGACAAAUUCUGGAAAUACUGAAAAAACAUUGGUUGAUGAAGAAACAUAUGUCUCCGAGAGAAUAAGUGCAUUAAAUGUUUCUUUAGUCAAUUUAGAUUCUUCAGUACCAACGAUCGAGGAUGACAAUAUUGAAAUAGAUCAAUUUUCAAAUGAGACAGACGCUACCAAGAUAGAAGCUGCUAAGGCAGAAGCUGAAAAAAUACGGAAUCUGAAGAAUUUAUUUAAAGGCACAAAAAUUUUUAUUAAUAGGGAAGUUCCCAGAGAGCCACUAGUAUUUAUUUUACGUUGCUUUGGUGGAGAAGUAUCUUGGGAUAAGUUACUCUUUGUCGGAGCCACUUUUGACGAGAAUGACGAAACAAUAACUCAUCAGAUUGUAGAUAGACCAAGCAUGGUUAAACAGUACAUAUCGAGAUAUUACGUACAACCACAGUGGGUCUUUGAUAGUGUGAAUGCAAGAGAAUUAUUACCUGUAGAAAAAUACUUAAUGGGUGCUGUACUUCCUCCUCAUCUCUCACCAUUUACAGAAGGUCGACAAGACCAAACUUACAUUCCUCCGGAAGAACGUGCUCUCAUGGAUCCUGAUUAUAAACUAAACAAUUUGGAAGCAGAUUCAGAAGAAGAAGAAGAAGAAGAUGUCGAUGAUAAGAACGAGAAUGAAGAAGAGAAAACUGAAGCUGAGGACGAUUUGAGUUCAGGAAGCGAAGCUGAGGAAAUGGAGGCGGAAGAAGAGGAUGACAAUAAUGAUGUACAGAUUGCUGAGGAAAAGGAGAAAGAGAAACUGAAGAAACAAGCUCAAUUAGAAAAGAAGAAGAAGAUGAAAGUACAAACUGGUGAGAUCACGAAGGAAAAUUCAUGGGAGAAAGCCCGGCUGGAAAAGCAGGAAUAUCGUCUCAGAGAAAAGAUGAUUAAGAAGAAACAUCGCAAAUUGUAUAAGAGUAUGAUGAAAGGUCGAGAAGAAAGAGCUAAAGAAAUUUGGCUCUUGCGAAAGAAGAGGCGUAUCCAUGAUACUAAGGAAAAGGAAAAGCGAAAAGAGCAACGGAAAGCAAAUAGAAAUAAAUCUAUCAAAUAAAAUAACAAUUACUUAAAUGCAAAAUAAAAUAUAUUCUCCAUAAUUCCAUCUCCUAUUUGAUAAUAAGUAUAACAAGAAUAAUAAAAAUAAGAAAUAUUA